AUACCAGAAAUGUUGAAAAAUGCAUCAUGUUUAGCAUAUUACAAUAUUUUUUGUCUCUUUGAUAUUGAAUUUCCAUACACCAAAAAACUUUUUGCAACAUUAUCUACUAAUCAAAUUAACUUUUUAAAAAGAAAAUGGGAAGAGACCAAGCCAUUGAUUAAUAAAGAGAUCGAAGAAAAUUGGAAUUCAUGUUUAUUGAAAACACCAGUAGAUAGUUAUCAUAAAGUUAUUGAAAAAAACAUGGAUAAAGAUACAGUUUAUAUAAAUCUUGAUGCACUUGUGACUGCCUUUUCAAAACGACCAUUUGAUGAAUAUAGUAAGCAAAAAUAUGAAUUGCUCUGGUGUAAAGACUUCUACACUGAAAUGGUUUUCCAAUUAUUGAGAACAUGUGGUAGUUUGAAAGAUAAUAAAGCAAGUGAAUAUAGAUAUAGGGAGGAGAUUGUGAAUCCACUUUUAUCAUCAAUUUUCCAUGAUAUAGAAGAUGCACUAUGGAUGGAAAUGGGAGAAAUCGAAAAUGAAGAUUGGAAACAGCAGUGGAACUUUUCAAGGUUAGAUGGUGAACAUGGGAAAUUAGAAGUUGUUGUAAAUGUGUUUAUAAAAAAUACAUCUUACAAAAAUGAUGACACAGAAAAGUUGAUGAAAGCAAUGAUGCUAUCUCUUUGUAAUCAGCAUUCACAUCUAGAUGUUGAUGAAGAUAAAUUGAAAUUAGAAUCAUUUUCUAUUUUGAUAUAUGUUGAUAACAUGUACAUUGUUGACAAAUAUGAUGUAUUUGUUUUACCUGACUCUGCUAUGUGUUUGUUACAAAUCGAAAGUGUUAUCAAAUCAGUGAAGAAAUUUAAGAUACACAUGUUGAAAUAUUAUCAUCAACUUACUAAAACUACUCAUAAAGUGACUCAACCACAGAAACGGAUUGUACCAUAUGCUUCACCAACAAGAAACGUUGAUGAAAACAAAUCAGCAAAUCAAGUUAAA